AUGGCGCUGUCCUCCCUUGAGGAGAGGCGCAAAGUGGUAAAUGAGGUGCUGGGUAUGAUGGCACUGCGUAUGGCGCAGUCGUACAGGGUGGGCAGCGUCGGCGCACGCAUCAUCAGCGGUGGCCAGCGCAAGCGAGUUAACAUCGGAGUGGAGCUGGUAUCGCGGCCCCCGUUGCUCUUCCUGGACGAGCCGACCAGCGGCCUGGACGCCUCAUGUAGCAAUGUCGUACUGCGAUCACUCCUGGACCUUGCGGUCAACGGCGGAGUCAACGUCGUGGCCGUCAUCCACCAGCCUCGUCACUCCGUAUUCCACAUGUUUCAUGAGAUUCACCUUUUAGGAGAGAGUGGCAGCACAGUGUACCAUGGCCCACCUGGCAAGGUACGGGAGUACUUCGAGAGCCUGAUGUACUCCUUCCCGCCGUUCGAGAACGUGGCUGAUACACUCCUAGACAUUGUUACUGGUAGGUGA